GCCCGAAGCAGCCAGGCCUCAGCUGUGGACUCAUCCUCCUCUCGCCUCUCGGUUGGCUCUCUUGGCGCUGGCCCCGGUGGGCUCCAUUGGCUGCCCAGCUGGCACUGACGUACCCUUGGAGCCCGGUGGCAGCUGGAGGUAAAAAGCCAUGUGCAAUCCUCCUCUCUAUAUUUAACAGCUGCUACAGAGAAAGUGGCGGCUCUUGUCUUCUGGGAGAAGGUCCUUGGAACUGGGCUGGGACUGGCCUUCUCAGAGUGAGCGAGGUCACCAUGCCAGCUUCCCAGAGCCGGACCCGUGCCAGGGACCGCAACAAUGUCCUCAACCGGGCUGAGUUCCUCUCCCUGAACCAGCCCCCCAAGGGGACCCAGGAGCCCAGAAACUCAGGUAGGAAGGCCUCAGGGCCCUCGACACAGCCCCCACCUUCCAGCGACGGGGCCCGGGAGCGUCGCCAGUCGCAGCAGCUGCCGGAGGAGGACUGCAUGCAGCUGAACCCCUCAUUCAAGGGCAUCGCCUUCAACUCCCUGCUGGCCAUUGACAUCUGCAUGUCCAAGCGACUAGGGGUGUGUGCAGGCCGGGCUGCAUCCUGGGCCAGUGCCCGCUCCAUGGUCAAGCUCAUUGGCAUCACAGGCCACGGCAUCCCUUGGAUCGGGGGCACCAUCCUCUGCCUGGUGAGAAGCAGCACCCUGGCCGGCCAGGAGGUGCUCAUGAACCUGCUGCUAGCCCUGCUCUUGGACAUCAUGACAGUGGCUGGAGUACAGAAGCUUAUCAAACGCCGAGGCCCAUAUGAGACAAGCCCUGGACUCCUGGACUACCUCACCAUGGACAUCUACGCCUUCCCCGCUGGCCAUGCCAGCCGUGCCGCCAUGGUGUCCAAGUUCUUCCUGAGUCACCUGGUACUGGCGGUGCCCCUGCGUGUGCUGCUGGUGCUCUGGGCCUUCUGCGUGGGCUUGUCACGGGUGAUGAUCGGACGCCAUCACAUUACAGACGUCAUCUCAGGCUUCAUCAUUGGCUACUUCCAGUUCCGCCUGGUGGAGCUUGUGUGGAUGUCUUCCAAUACCUGUCAGAUGCUCAUCUCUGCCUGGUGAGCCAGCACCACCACCCACCACCCACCCACGCUCUGGGCAGAGCUGGGCCCAAAGAGGUGGCUAGAGGUGGGUCAGUGGGAACGGACUGAAUCGACUGCCCCAUCCUGGUUGCAGGCUGGCUUGUUAGUACUGUGGGGCCUCUUGUCUUUCUCACCGGACUCUGUGUAUCCUGUGAGGCAGCCGGGACAACUUGAAUGGCAGGUGUGGUUAGCCUCCAUCCCUCCUAGAGACAACAGGCAAGAACAAGAUGGCCGAGCAGGAGCGGAGCCUUGCCCCUCACCACUGUGACAGUGGCUGUUGUGCCGUGCUGCCGCACCACGGCACAAAGUUGGGGGAAAUCCUCCCACCUCUCACCCAACAUAGCUGCCAGCCCAUCAGGGGUCACCGACAGCUUAGGGUAGCACGUUCCAAAAGGUGUCUGGGGGCCCCAGCCUGCAAGAUACUUCUGGGGGAAAGGCUUUCGUGGGCCAAUGCAUUUUGGGAACUCCCACACACUCAGCCCCCACAGUGGAUAUUCACAAGGGUGUAGAUUCUUUGGAAGGACACUGACGUGUCCUAUAGAAACACCAGCUGUUCGGGUCUCGUUUAACUCAGCAUUUCCUAAAUUUAUUUGACCACGCGAGCCUUUUCUCCAGGAAUAACUAUUAACCCACCAAGAACCUAGUGAAUUCGGGAAGCUGCUGUCCAGGAGCCAAAGGGCCUGGGACUCUCCCAGCAUCCAGCUCUGAAACCUGAGGAGAGCAGGCGCCCAGGCCAAAACCUACAGAAGGCUCCUGCCAUGGUCUCUGGGCACUGAUGCAGCUUUGGCUCCCAGGGGCCGGACUCUGUGACCUAAUAGGUCGUUUCCAAGUCAGGCAUUAUGGAUGCGCAUUUCAUGUGACAA